GAACACGCCCCAGUUGAAGGGUCAAGUCAACAACCAAAGGAGAGAUCCAACAAAUCAUUUUCCAAAUCUUUUUCAAACCGGAUAAUUUGCCUCCCAGUUUGUGUUUUUGACCAUUUUCGCUUUUUAUAGUUAAUUUUACAUCCCAAGUUACUGUUUAUUUGAGUACACGACUUGCUUUCAACAUCAUGACCUCCCCUUUGGCUGUUGCUUCUGCUGCUUGACCGAUAUCGUUAAUGUCUUCAAGUGAAACUAACCACAAGAAGUUGUUGUGAAUCCCGUCAAAAUGGACAUUGAUAGCACUGAAGACAACUACCAUGCUACCACCAGCCAACAUGCUCCUUCCCCUGAUAUGUUUUCGUCUGAAGAUGAGGAAACAUACAAAAUUGAAGAUGAGCUUAGUCAGUCAGCACCUGUGAGCCCAACAACUGAGACUGCAAUUCCGGAAGAGAAGGAUUUGGUGGUAGAACUUGAGUCUGCUCGUCUGCAGCGUUUGAUGGCUCUGCUUCAAGGCGUGCCUCCUCCUCCUUCAGUAACUAUUCCCCAAAUUACACUGAAUGAAGUUCUCAAGAAAUUGAGAGAAAAUAAUGAUCAACUAUUUGGACCCAAUGACACUGGAGGGCCGGUUCAUAGCCUGUGGAAGCCAAACGCUUCAUUGAAGGAAGUACUUAACGCUGAGUGGCCUGAAAUCAAAAAAAUUGUCUACCAUGACAUGCACUUUAAUACCUGUACUGCUUCAGAAGAUGUAGAGCACAUCAGCUUAAAACUUCAUGAACGACUCAUUGGUGCCGAAACAUCCACAUGGUGUAAUGCAGUGACAUCAUCUGUUCCAAUUAGCACUAGACAGAGACAAAGACGCAGUAUGGGUAAUACGUCUCCAGGGUGUAGGCUAAGCCACUUGGCUCGUAGGCGUCAAACUUUCUCGUCUGCUAAUUUGGCACAACUGUCAAGCGUAGCUGGUAGUGGAACUGCUGGAGGUGCUCAUGCUGCUGGCAGCAGCCUCGGCGGCACGCGGCGGCGCUCAAUGAAUGGAGCGGGCUCCGGAAAUGAGAGGCGAUGCAUUAUGGUGGAAAUAAAGAAAACUGACAAGAACAAACGCAUAAAAACUAACAGCAAGGAAGCUAUGAAGAAAUUAUCCUCAUCUGGAAAUGCUCCUAAGGCUGCAGCUCCAGUUCAAGACCCUGUACAAUCCCUCAAAAGAGCUCUGUUUCAAAGUCCUGAGGAACAUAAACGCAUGGCAGCUUCAUCUUCGAAUCAUCCUUCGUCAUCUGAAUCCAAUAAUGUUCAGAGAUCUAAAAGAGCGUUGUGGCCUUCUGAAAGAGAGGCUGCAGUUAAUGAUAAUGGUAAGAGAACUCUUGAUAAGAGUGAUUCCUUGAGUUCUCAGAGAUCUAAAAUGCACUGUUCUGAUGAUCGAGCCCCAUACAUCCGUACUACAAGAAGUCUCCCUUUUCCUGUGGGUCAGAACUCUAAUAGCAGUUCUGUAAGCAAUCCCUGCCACAGUUCUAAUUCAAACAGCAUUGGUAGCAACAAUAAAAGUGCUCGUCGUGCCAGUGACCAGGGACCCCCUGCCCAAGAGUACAAUCUUAACACUGAACUCAGUGAACUACACAAGAGAAAACUCUAUUGGGCAAUUACAUCAGCACUUCGAUCUCAUGGUAUAAACAAUAGGACCCAUUCCGAUUUUAUCCAAAUAACGUCAGAUCUGGCAUAUCAUUACAUCAAAGUUCGUGCUAACAUGACUGGUCCUCCACCUGCAAGUACAAGUGAACAUAUGUUGCAAGUUGUAACAGCCAAAGCAGCUGAAGUUAUCCAGGCAGUGCGAGCUGGGAAGACAGGCCAAGAGGAAAAUUUGGGAGGAAACAAGGUCCAAAGGAAAGAAGAGAGGCCCAACAAAGAAUUGUUUCGUGAUGCUACUGCGUCCCUCAAUGUGAGGAGAAGCCUUUGUGUUUCUUUGUCCACUUCAAACCAUCAGUUAUCAGAUGAUAAGCCCAAGCAGACAAAGAGAGUUCCUUCAGCAAGGAAAUCAUUGUCUUUUGAUGCAAUAGACCCUAGGCCUUCCUCUGGAACAUUAAGCGAUGAACCUGCAGAGAAAGGGGAAAGUAAGUACCAGUUGGAUUCAAAAGGAAAUGACAGCAAAUGGAAAGUCAAUGGUGAAAAUGUCCCUCUUGCAAGUGCUAAGAGAGUUAGUCGGAGUCUGUUCCUGUCACCAAAAGACGAUGUUAAAACUACAAAGAAAGACGCAUGUGAACAAACAUGUGGCUCAGACAAUAAAUUUAACUCAAUUAAACAGACCUGUGAAGAGGCUAUGGAUAUUGUAGAUCAUAAAAGUGAGGAGAUGAAGAAGUCUGGUGCAAUUGAAACAAGUGAAGUUGACGAUCGGCAUCCACACACCAGCAGUGAGGUUUCAUCCAUUCCAAGUGUAAGUGCUGAAUCUUCAACUUUAGAGGCUGACAAUGAAGCUUCAAGAACAAGUGAAGCAACAAACUUAUCAGAACAUGCCAACUCUGUUGAUGCUUCCACAAAUUUAGCCUUACUUCAAUCAAAUACUGUUGGAAGGGUAAAUGGUUUGUUGGAAAAGUCAAAUGUUCUCGGUAUAUCUGAUAACCUUAAGGUCGAUUCUGGAAGUUCUGAGUCAUGUGAGUAUGCCCAAACCAGAGUUCUAAGGGACACCAAAGAAAGGGUUGCCCGACAUACUGUAGUGCCUGCCAGAAGAAUCACCAGAUUAUCUUUGUCUCUGUCAAGAAGAGAAUUAAGGUCUAGUAGUUCUGAUUCUACUGAUCAAGAUCCUGCCCCUACCAGCUCUCACUUGGAUCAGAAAGCCACCUUACUGAAGAAAGGUGCAGAAAACAACUUAAUUAAUAUUGCUCAUGGUGUGUCUACUAAUCUGGUACCCACAGUUGUGUUGUCACCCUUAAAGCUAGAGCAACACCACACAAGUGAAAGCAACAAUACUUCGAAGAGUACAUUUGGAAGUCCGCCUUUCAUUGUUGAUAGUUCAUUGACUCCUGCACAUUCGCCAUUCCUUGGUUUCCCAUCGAAAGAUGACCUUAACUCGUCUGGUGAAGCAGCUGAUGGAUCUGAUAGCACAACAAAAGCAGAUGGUACAUCUGAUGAAGGGAAUCUUUCUCGCUCAGAAGCUAUAAAAAUAGAUAUUGAGGAGAAAGUUAUAACACCACUGCUAGAGGGAGCAGUUUUGGAGUCUUCUGUUUGUGUGGGAAGUGGUUCGUCCCCAAGUACAGAUGUAGAUUUAUCUUUCCGUGGUCGCAUUGAAAGUUUGAAGCCAUCAAUUGCAAGUGAAACUGCCAUUAGUUUAGACUUAGGUAUGAAUUUGAAUGUAAGUGCAAAUAUCCUGAACAUGGAUGAAAACCAUGAAAAAAGUCCUGUGCUGGAAAAAUGGGCAGAAAGAGCUAGUCGAAGUGCUCAGAAAAGUUGCAUUCCUGUUGAAGAAGUGAUUGAUACUGUGGCACAGGAUGUUCCUCUCACUGCAUUGCAGAAGCCUACUGAUCAUUCAGCUGAAGAAUCUAUCCUGCAGUGGGAGGAGUCACAGUAUGAUGGCACCUCUCAGUGCUCCACAAACAUGUACGAAAAAUUCUGCUCGAUAUUUGGGCCCUCUAGUCACCAGGGUAAUCCUUGAGGUGAUGUUGAACAACUUGUUUUGACCAAGUGUGUUCCUUUGUGAUGUAAUGUAUUAUGUACAAUGUCUAGGUGUUUUUGACUGGCUUCGGGAAGACUGAAAUUUUCCUCUUUGUUAUCAAUUUUAUUGAUUUCAUGUGAGUGGUUAAAUAGUUGAAUUAUUUAAUGGUAGCAAAAAAUAUGUACUACUGUUGGGUAGUUUCAUUAUGAGAAUGUGUAUUUUGGUAGGUUCCUUUUACUGACUACUUUUUAAUCAUAUUCUUUGUGUCUUGAUUCUACUCACUAGUGUGUUGAGGGGGCUCUGUUGAGAUUCUAUUGUUUGUUGUGCUUUAGUCUAACAAACUUCACCCUCUCCUCCCCUCUUGUUUUUUUAGAUAGUAAUAAAAAAGAGUUUUUAUUAUAAUAAAUAAUUUCAAUGAAUUCUUAAUAAACAUCCUACUUUCUAUUUUGUGGGACUUCUGCUAUUUUGUAACACAUUUGUUCAGUCAGAUUGAGCUCAGAUUCAAUACCUUUAUGUAUAACAUGCUGAUAUUUCUGAAUCUGUUAAUCUUUUAGCAUAAAUUGUUGGUCUGCUCAUGUAACUUUGAUGUGUUUUUUUUCUUCUUUCUAUUCACUCUGCUUUUUAUUCAGUUUCAUUGAUAGGUUUGUGAAUUCAAACCAAUUCAGCUGUUCCCUUUCAUGACUGAAGUAGGCUGCAACCUAUUUUCAAUUUAAAGGACCUUGUUUUAAAUGGAAGAAUUUGUGUACGAGUUUUACUUGAAAGUUGACUUUGUUUAUGUAUCUUGAUUGACGUUGCUAAGGUUAUUAAAAAAAUAUGGAAAACUGAAAA